AUGGAAGAAUCCGCAGCAAAGAUCACGAGGAGAACAAUCUACGCCUUUCUUCAGCACUACCAACACCUCACCACCGCUCCACCGCUCCUUGUUCUGCCCUUCACGGCCUCGAUUCUCCUCUCGCAGGCCCUCGCCGCCGUCACUUCCCCGCCGCCGUAUCUCAUCAUCUAUGCCGGCUUCCACGGCGGAGGAUUCCCCGCCCGCUCCCAGUUUGUCUCCCUUCUCAACAACAUUCAUCUCUCCCAAACCAUUUUCGCCCUAAGUAUUGCCGUCGCAAAAAUUCUAAUAAUCCAGGCGGUGAUUCUGCAAAAGAAGUCUUCUCCGCUAACCUUUUCUUCAUUCGUGGUGCUUUACAAGCGCCUGGUUCUCACCCAAGCCUGCAAUUCAGUCCUCCUCCUCCUCCUCGUCGAGGCUGCCAUCUUAUCGCAGCUUUUGCUCGGCUUCAAUUCCCAUAAAGCAAUUGGGCUACUGGUUGCCAGGGCAAUUUUCUACUGCUUUCGUGCAUAUGCCGGUGUAAUCUGCAACCUGGCUUUGGUGGCGGCGGCGGCCGAGAAUCGGGUCGGGUUUGCGGCGAUCUACAGGGCUUGUUUGAUGAGUUGGGCCAGAAAGUCCACAGCAAUCUCCCUGAAUCUUGCCGUCAAUUUGAGCAUUCUCGCGGUGGAAAGGCUAUUCCGGUACCGAAUAACGAGAGCUUAUCGUGAAACGGGAAGCUUCGGGCCUGGGUUGGCUAUGGAGGGGCUGUUUAUUGCCUACUUGUAUUCUCUCUUGAUUGUCCUGCACACAGUUGCGAGCUGCCUCUUCUACAAGAGCUGCAGGGGAGUAGACAAUAGAUAG